AGCUCUGGGAACCCUAAAUCCAUCUCUCAGGGGGAAAUCUAAUACUCCUGUAUUGAUCUCUUUGAAUCGUGUUUUUUUCUGAAAAUUCGAAGUAUGCCUCCGAAGCAGCAACAGAAAUCGAAAGCUGAUCUAGCAAAGAAACAGAAAAUCGUCGAAGACAAAACUUUCGGACUCAAGAACAAGAACAAGAGCAAGAAUGUGCAGAAGUAUGUCCAAAAUCUCCAGCAGGCUGUCCAGCCCAAACCCGACCCCUCAAAAGUCGCCUCCAAGAAGAAGAAGGAGGAAGAUAAGGCAAGGGAGAAGGAGCUGAAUGAUUUGUUUAAGAUUGCUGUGACUCAGCCAAAAGUACCCGUCGGUGUUGAUCCCAAGUCCAUAGUUUGUGAAUUUUUCAAGGUGGGACAGUGUACUAAGGGCUUUAAAUGCAAGUUCUCCCAUGAUUUGAAUGUCCAGAGGAAGGGUGAGAAGAUUGAUAUUUACAGUGAUCAGCGUGAUCAAGAAACAAUGGAAGACUGGGAUCAAGAAACCCUUGAGAAGGCUGUGGAAUCAAAGCAAAUGGAGUAUAACCAGAACCGGCCUACUGAUAUUGUUUGCAAAUAUUUUCUUGAAGCAGUGGAAAAGAAACAGUAUGGUUGGUUCUGGGUUUGCCCAAAUGGCGGUAAAGAUUGUCACUACAGGCAUGCUCUUCCUCCAGGAUACGUUCUAAAAUCUCAAAUGAAGGCACUUUUGGAGGAAGAGGCUGAUAAGAUUUCUAUUGAAGAGGAGAUUGAAAAUCAGCGUUCAAAACUAACAGCAUCUACCCCAAUGACUCCUGAGCUGUUUAUGCAAUGGAAGAAGAAAAAGAUUGAAGAAAGAGAUGCUAGUUUAGCUGCAAAACAAGCAGAGAGAGCCAAGAAUGACCGUAUGAGUGGUCGUGAGCUGUUUCUUGCCAAUGCAAGCUUGUUUGUGGAUGAUGAUGAGGCAUAUGAAAAAUACCAGAGGGAAGAAGAACCCGAGAAUAGUGAGCAGAAGGUUGAGGAUCAUUCUGAAGCAGUUGGGCCCAGUAGUGCACCAUCUGCAGCUGAUGAUUCUGAGGACAUCCAGUUUGAUGAAGACGAUGACGAUGAGCUUGACAUGGAUGAACUAAAUGAGCUAGAAGCUAGUCUGUCAAGAACGUCAAUACAAAUUCAGGAACCAGGCAUUGAGACCUCAUCUUGAGACACAAACUGACGUCCACCGCACAACAAAAUUUAGUUAAUGAUUUAAGAGCUUGUAAACCUUGCUUUCGGGCAUCAAUGAAAAAUAAUAAUGGAUUCAAACAGGAUUGUUUCUGUUAGAUCCAGAUUUUGUCCACUAUUUACCCCUAAUGUUGUUCUGUCCUUUUUCUUUCUAUUGUUAUUAUUUGUGGUGGAGUUCUAAGUUUCA